AUGGAACAGCCAAACAAUAUACACACGCAAGCAUAUGUUGUGAAUCAGAAAGGCGCCCCGUUUAUACUUCAAGAUGUGAUCCUCGACGAGGUGUUGCCCAGCGAAGUGCUUGUGGAGAUGAAAUACACCGGGCUAUGUCAUACUGAUAUCGUUGUCCAAAACGGCGGCAUGCCCAUCGCCAACUAUCCGGUCGUCCUAGGGCACGAAGGCGUGGGCAUUGUGCGAUGGAUCGGUUCCGCUGUGUCCAACAAGUCACUGAACCCUGGAGACACAGUGGCUCUCUCUUUUCACACUUGCCAGCAGUGCAAGAACUGCAAAGCCGGCCGGUGCGGUGGUUGUCCUGACAUGACCAAAGUGAACUUCCUCAAUACUGCGCGCACCAGUCCCGGCUCCAAAUCCCCUAUAUCCCUACCGGAUGACACUAGUGUUCAUGGUCAAUUCUUCGGGCAGUCAUCGCUCAGCAAGCUGGCUGUCGUCGCGGAACGCUCUGUGGUCAAGCUGGACGCAAGGCCGGCCGAGUUACCAUACCUGCCACCAAUGGGCUGCGGAUACCUCACUGGCGCAGGAACCGUUCUGAACGUGCUCCAGCCGCAAGGCCACGACAGGAUCGUGGUCCUGGGCCUAGGCGCAGUCGGAUUUGCAGCGAUCCUGGCCGCAAAGGCCCUUGGUGUGAGUCGGAUUGUGGCCGUCGACCUCGUUGGCGCAAAACUGGAUUUGGCGUUGUCGUUGGGCGCUACAGAUACACUCAACACUUCUGCAAAUCCGGACCUUAUCCUCGGUCUACGCGAAAUCUUGCCUGAUGGCGCUGAUAACAUUAUUGAUGCAACGGGGGCACCACGCUUGCUUGAAAACUCCAUUCAGUGCCUGGCUCAUGGCGGAACCCUGGCUCUGGUCGGCGUGCCUCCACCUCAUGCGACGUUGAGCGUGAACGCCCUGGAUCUAUUGCUCUCGUGUAAGCGUAUAGUUGGUGUUAUUGAAGGCCUUUCCGACCCUCGUGUGUUCGUUCCACAGCUGUUCCAACUCUUUCGAGAUGGCCGGUUUCCUGUCGAUCGCCUGGCAAAGGUGUAUCCCGCCCAUCAAUUGUCUCAAGCUAUUGAGGAUUUGAAAUCUGGACUGGCAAGCACUUCGCGCAGCAAUUCCAUGCUCGUUAUCGCAAGCUAA